AUGUCUGACACGCAUGGAUCCAAGCCAAAGCCCAAGAACAAAGGUGAACCCAGCACUGAGGAUGAACUCAACGGGAAAGAUGUUAUGCGGGUAACUACAGGAUGGAGAGAGCCUUUACCAGAAGCAGAUGUCGUUCUCCAUUGCGGUGACCUCACGAAGCGUACUACGAUCCCCGAGUUUGAGAAAACUUUCUCAGUGUUGCGGUCUAUCAGAGCCCCCCUGAAACUAGCCAUUGCAGGCAACCACGAUACUGCACUCGAUGAUAACUACUGGAUCAACAAGUAUGGGGGAUCGGAGGAGACUCUGGAAAAGGUCAAGAAGAUUGUUAAGAGUGCCGAGGAGGAUGGUGUUCGGUACUUGACAGAGGGCGUUCAUGAGUUUACUCUGAAGAACGGUGCCUUACUGAAAGUAUAUGCAAGUCCGUGGACUCCUGCCUACGGUGGCUGGGCGUUUCAGUAUGAGUAUGGUCACGACUUCAGCAUUCCUACAGGGAUCGACGUCGCUAUCACUCACGGCCCUCCGCAUGGUAUCUGCGACUUUGCGGGCAAGUCGGGAAACCACGCUGGCUGCCCAGACCUCCUUGCGGCUGUCGCCCGCGCAAAGCCCAGAAUCCACUGUUUUGGACAUAUCCACGAAGCCUGGGGGAUGCACCAUGUAACCUGGGAUGGCGAUGAUAUUGAUGAGGAGCGAUCACGAAAGGUUGGGCUUAAGGGGCUACGACCGAACCCCAUAACGCAGAAGAAAGAGGUGGUCCAGACGACAAAGACAAAACUCAUUGAAAUGAGCAAACGGAGGGCUAAGCAUCUAGACCUCACUCAAGGCGAUGAUUGCUUAGCACAGGGGAAACAGACACUAUUUGUCAACGGAGCUAUAAUGGAUAUAAAUUACAGGCCUAUACAGCUACCGUGGCUAAUUGACGUUGAUUUGGCUCGGGCUGACGAGUUAGCAUAA